AUGGACACGACGAACUUUAUACUAUUACUAGAAGAAAUCGAGCGACUGUCUUCACUUGAACAAACGAGUGAGAUUUUUGAAGUUGCGCGUAGCAAUGUUUACGGAUUCAUGCAGACACCAAAGUUUAGUGACAAACGUAUUUAUCGAAGACUUGUCUCUUUAUUGCGUCGUUUAUUAGAUAUAGCAGUAGUCAAAACUUACUGUUAA